CUUUCAAAGUAUAAAGAGAAGGGGAGUGAUCUGCUUCCUUUUGGUAGCACUUAGCAGGCUCAGCAUGGACAGGACUAGGGCUUUGACAGCUCAAAACCCAAACCAGACCUUUAGCUUACGCCGCUUUUGUUCUCCACCCAUGUCGUGUUCCUCUCCCUCCAAUAGCAAACUCUUUGUUGGCGGAAUGUCGUGGUCAGUUGAUGAGAAGUCCUUGAAAGAUGCUUUCUCUUCAUUUGGGGAGGUCACUGAAGUUAAGAUUUUGAAUGACAAAGCCAUUGGUAGAUCAAGCGGCUUUGGUUUUGUUUGUUUUACAAACCAACCUGAGGCUACAAGUGCAAAAGAUGCCAUAGAUGGGAAGGCAUUGCUAGGCCAACCCUUAAGGAUAAGCUACGCUCUUGAAAAGGUCCGUGAUGCUCCAGUUGUCGUCCAUCGCCUCUCGAGUAUUGGCAAUGGCACCAGUCUGAAGCAGUGAUCUUCCCUGCUUGAGACUGAGACUGGUCUUGGCAAAGGAAGCGAAUCAACUUGCCCGGUGAAAAGGGAAACGGCCAUAAUCCAUAUUUAUGAAGCUUGGUCUCGUUGGCCUGGAGGAUCAAACACUGAUGAAGCUUGGUUUCAAUUACGUGGAGGAUCUAUUGCUGAGAUCUAAUCAUCAGCUA